UCCGAGUGAUAUGACACAUUCCAUUGAUCACGUCUUCCUGCUCGUAUAGGACUACACCGGGAGUGGAGAUCUGCUCUGAGUCACUGCCCACUCACCGCUUGUCACCACCGCCCCCGAGAUACGACCAUUCCAACCAUCUCUGUGGUUGGUAUGUAUACCAUCUACCCGUUCCUGUCGCCCAUCGCAUGAUCAUCCCUCGUUCCUGGCGGUCUGACCGGCGUUUGUUUUAGCACAGCCCGGGGAGAGAUAUAUACUCUGACGAUCUGCGAAAAUCUCUCAUCCAAUCCGACGCCUGAUUGCGGGCUUCUCCGCCACCUAUUCCACCCUCGUUAUGCCUGCAAGUCCAUGCACAGUUCUUCGUCGUGCCAUACGCCGGCGCCGAGCCGAGUCUCCUACCCAGGCUCCUGCAGUCGAAAGGCCGCCGCGGAAGCGAGCGUUAUUGGUCGCUGUCAGGGAAGAGAAGAAGCGCGAGUACGCGCCGCUCGAAGCCGCGCAUGACGAUGUGCGUAAAAUGCGCAAGCUGCUGAUUGAUGUAUAUCACUACGCUCCCGAAGAUAUAGUCGUGCUUGCUGAUGAUGGAAGGCAUGUAAUGCCUACGAGGAAGAACAUUCUCAAGGCGAUCGAUGUGCUUGUUACCGAUGUGAGGAGCGGAGACCAUGUAUGCUUCCAUUACUCUGGUCACUCGACUCAGCGCCCAAGUCGAUCCAAUUCGGAAGAAGACGGUCUUGAUGAGGUCAUGGUCGCAUGCGACUCGGAGGAGAUUGUGGAUAAUGAACUCUACGACAGGCUGGUUGUACCCCUCCCUGAGGGCUCCUUCCUGGUUGCCGUCCUCGACACUUGUCAUUCCGGAUCCCUUCUCGACUUGAAGCAUCACCGAUGCAAUCGAGUGCCCAUUACCUGGACUGGGGUUGGCCCGAGCAAACUGGACAAUUACGGACCUUCCCCAUCCCCGACGCCAGUCCGGGCUGUACCGCGCGGAAAUCGGCGCAAUGCGCAACCCCCCACCUUGGAAAUUACGACAGCAAACCUGGCGGUGUUCCUCGAUGACGGGGAUGGGAUGCUCUUCGCUAGUCCUUCUCCGCUUCCUGUGUGGUGUACCGGCUGGUGCCGACUGCAGGGCGCUCAGGAUCAGCUUCCCGAACUCGAGCAGCGGGGAGUCCGGGCAGACAUCAUCUGCCUCUCCGCAUGCAAGGAUUCACAAGAGACGUGGGAAUCCGAGGGCCACGAGAGUAUGUCGUCGUUCCUCGUGGCCCUGCUCCGGGAGAAACAAGACUACACCAUCGCUCAGGUCGUCUCCGCAAUGAGUGAAGCCAUGUACAAGAUGGCCCGCCAACGACAACAGCGCUGGGACAAGUUCCGCGAGGACGACAGGGCCUUCCGAACACAGGUGGAUGCCUCGAUUGCCGCGCUGCAGCACCCUCCGCUUCACCAGAAGCGUAGCGAAACGACGCCUCCCGUGUUUCCGCAGGAGAGGGCGUUCCUGCAACCCAAGCAAAAGCACAAGCGACAGACCGCAUUUUCAGCCGUAAUCAAGAAACUGCGCGAGCCAUUUCCGAAGCAGCCACCCUCACACAUUUCAAAGAUCCGCCGGCGUUCAGUCUCAUCUGAUAACACUGCGGUGGAUCCCUCCUUCAGGCCGAGAAGGUCAUCGACGAUCAUGCAGGCAGCAAAAUUGGCUUACCUUGAGAGCAUGCGACGCUCUUUUUCAAAAAAACAGCCGGAAGUUCGGACUUUCGAGCCCCAAAAUCCGGAGUUGUCGAGCUCGAAACCUGUUAAUAUGAAUCGUCGCUGGGAGCUUUAACUUUUAUUGGUAAUUACACUAUAAUUAUUGACUUGUCGAUCCUGGGAAUCUCUGUGUAGUACUGUAUCCCAGCGUAUGGGAGAUCAUAAUAGCAGUUUAUAUUAUAACGCAGUGCACUCUCGACUUCUGUAAGCGGAGAGUUUGCACGUGACUAACAGGACAUGUGUGGGCAGACACAUAGUGCAAGGCUCUGAGAGCACCCAGGCAUGGAGAUGGGGAGUCCAGCGCAAUCAUCCAUCUCGCAUCGGAGACCGCUGGCAUAUGUCAAAUGGCGAUCCCAUAUCACGUACAAGAAGAGCGGUAAUCCGUCUCUCCAAAAUGAGCUUCCGACGUUCCAUUCUUGCACGGUGCAAAGGGAAUUCGGCCGAAAUGGGGCGUUUUGUUGAGCGAAGGAGUCGGUCGUGGGCACACAAGCGCUCACGUACCCGUCGAAGUCUGUACUUGAGCUCUUCCAGGCGAGCGGCCGAUCCGGGGGGAUCUAGUGAGGGCUCCGGAAGAGCAGGAGAGCCUCGUGCCAUUCUUGUCGGACUGUGAAAAGAACGAGGUGCAGCGGAAAGACGAGAAGAACAUGGAGAUCUUCCGGCCUCCGAUACCGACGCUAUCGCCAGAGGAGAUGGUGAUAGUGCUCUUGAAAACAGUGGUCCGCUCCGGAUGGGUGUACUUACUAUAGAAUUGGGAGGUGUAGGUGUGCUCGACCGCUCUCGAGUAGGUGGGACACCCGAAAUCGAGGAUUUAGGUGACGAAGCCGGGAGAAUCAAGCGCAUUUUGUAGAUUCCCCCGCCGGGGAUUCUCACCAUCGUCUCGCCAGGGAUCGGCGGUGAUGAUGGACGCAUUAUGUUGCCGAUCGGGGUCAGGGCUUCCAAAGAGCAGGGACUGCCGACUGGAGUGAGCGUCCCAUGGGAUGAUGUUGGUGUUCCAAACCAAACGCUCUCGUCGUAGGGACUACGACGAACAGGUGUCGUCGCGCGGAGUGCAAGCGCUGGAGACAUCGGCCUUGGUUCCGUCAUCUCGUCACGAACCGCAGGAGAAGGCGAAGGCGACUGGGGUCGUCUCCGGACUUUCCUGGUUUCUGGAGAGCUUCCUUGUGUGGUGGGUGAGGCAGACAUCAAUCCGAACUUUGAAAGCGGCUCAUUCUCGAUGCCCACAGCUGGUGCGAGAAUCAGAUGCAUCGUUCUUCCGCGUUCGUCUUCCUGUCCGGAGUCAUAGUCCGAAUCCUCGUCAUCGCGCAAUGCUGAAUGUGCCGGGCUAAGUUCCCGUCGCUUCCAGUGUGGGGCAGCGGCCGGGACAGCCUUAGCGGGGAGAUCCAGUCCUAACCAUCGGCGCACGAUCCCGGCCUUCAUCGCCAACCGCCCACUGUGAGCCCAGGAUUCUGCCAGAGGCCCGGUAUCAGCACCGCCAACCAAAUUUGUAAUGGCAGUGUCUAUGCUAUGAUCUUGUUGUACGCUGAUAGUGAGACGGGAGCGAGCGUCGGCAGGUGCUGCUUCCGGAGAGAUCGGAUCUAGCACGCAUUUGGAAAACAUUCUCUUGAUCGCAGGCAAGUCACAGCCUUUCAGCCCGGGGACCAAGGUGUUGGGAACAAUGGCCCUGGGCCGGAAGAGUGAUACAAAAGCUUGCAGUUCCGGAAGAGGCGAGUGACGUGCAAGGGGAACCAGCUGACGAUAGGCAUGAGAUGGGUAUGCAAUGAAUUCAAGCACUUACAAGCGAGAGCACCUCUUCUCCGCGUCCCAAUUUCGCUCUCGUGACAUGCAGGUACUCGGUCCACCUCUCUCUGCUCAUCGUAACCGGAUUGAUAUACACAAGCUUCUUUCCUGCGGCGCUCAGUUUGCUUCCUUGACGCUCCGCAACAACCUCGCAUCGGUCAAACCUCUCGCAGGCAUGAAAUCUCGUCGACCACGGCUUGUCGGUCCCCAUCGCACGAAGAGAUGGAUCAGCGGAGAUGUGCCGGUACACGCUGUGCUUAUAUCUGUCCAGGUGGAUCGGCUGCCGGAAAGCGCGCGCCACGGCCUUCAGAAUGUCUUCGUAGCCCCACGUCCAAGAGUUGAUGAAGAAGUGCGUCGCUGAGUCGUACAUCUUCAUCAACUCUACCAAACCAUUCGUCGCAUCGAGCUUGGUCGGCACCUUGCUCUCGCAGAACACGCUCGCGGUGUCGAGGUAGAUCGCCUCGAGUGUCUUCCCGCCGCCGACGAGGUAGGGUUGGAGGAGGGGAUUGUGAGUAAUGGCGUCGCAGAACCAGGGCUCGGCACGGAAGUCUCCCGUGUGUAAGACUGCACCGCGGUCGCCUUCAAUCAAGAACCUCCCGAAAGCUUGAGACUAUGACAGGAUGGGGAAGAGAAGACAUACAUCACUGCACCUGGGCAAUGAUUCGCGUCGAAAAGCGUGAUUGUGACAAUGUCAGAAUUGGAAAGCUCUAUCUUAGUCGGAGUGUGUAGAGGCAAUGGUUUCUGUGUAUCCAUUUCAGUUGCUGCACGUGAAAGCAGGCAGCGAACCCACCAGAAGAUCACGCGAGCAUGUGUACCACAUCCUGCCGUCGACUCCCAGGACGGGGUCCACCUUCAGAUGUUUGUAUGUCCUCUGCGUCUCUGCGCGGAACUGAUGCUCCUUCAACGAUCGCUCGGCGUACACCUCGUGCCGUAGAAGCAUCUCCUUCGCAUCAGCGGAACAUAUGACGGUGUGUCCGAACGACUGGGCCUGUAGCCCUGUGAUGUGGUCGGCGUGCGUGUGGGUGAGGAGAUGAAGAAGGGCUGAGGGGCUUGGUGUUGACGAAGCGGACAGAUCGGUGAAUUCAUCGACACGGAUCCGGUACGGCGGGAUGAAGGAGUUAAAGGGCGCUCCAGGAGGCAUGAUUAUGAGAUUGAGAAGAAUGGCAGCCAAAGUAUCAUUGAAGCUCUGCUCCCUGAGAACUGCAUUGACGGAGUCAGGGAAAGGAGCGGCUGUGCAUUGCGAUCAGGGGACGCUUAACUCAC